AUGCAAACUGUCUGCGACAAUACAUCCACAAAACCUUCCAUAUUCGAAAGAAAACCAGGUCUAGAUCAGAAAUUCAAUUCCAUCUAUACUGAACUAAAACCUACACUUACGCUUAAACUUGAUCCAAAUGGCACGGAGAACAACAACACUACCACAACUCUAGAUGAUUACACCUAUGCCUACGCCUGUGCACAUACUGAUGCAGACUCAAGUGCAGACGACGACGACGACGACGAGGACUUCGUCGUCGACCUAAGUACCGGCUCUUUGGCCCCAGUCAACCUGCACUACUGGAAUAACAUACAUAGCAUAACUAGUGCGUUGAAUAACUUAUAA